AUACGCGAGUGCGCGGCCCCGUUACGGCGGCCCGGCUGGCGGCUCGGCUGCCGAAUUUAGCACGCACGCACCGCUCGCUGCGGCGCUUCCGCGUGCCCGCUGGUGCGUGUUGUGCGUCGGUCGACCGGGGCCGGGUGUCCGCUGUGGUCCGAGAGAGCCGAGGUGUGUCAGCCGCGGCCGGCCGCCGUUCCGUGUCCGCGGGGCUGCCAGUUGGGCCGUGAUGCGGCCGCCGCCGCCGCUGCUGCUGCUGGCUGUGGCGGCAGCGCUGUGCUCUCCAUCCGCCGCCACCAUCCUGGUCAUAGAGCAGCGCGCCGACGCGGCCGAGUACCAGAUUGAGGACAGCCCGUCCGAGUUCGGGCCGCGCGUCGCCAUGACGGGCAUCAGGGGCUGCCUGGUGCUGUCCGAGCCACCGGACGGCUGCGGCCCGGUGGCCCCGCCGCCCUCCACCGCUGCCCGCCACCACUGGAUCCUGCUGAUGACUGACGGCAACUGUCCCAGCGGGCAGAAGGUGCUGGGAGCCCAGCGGGCCGGCUACAUGGCCGCCCUAGUCUUCAACACCACCGGAGACGGAUUCUCGCCGAUGGAGAGCGACGAAGACGUAACAAUUCCGUCCUUCUACAUCGGACUCAGCAACGGCAUCAUGCUGAGGACCAACUUCCUCUACGGCACCGGCUACGCGAUCUACAUCCCGGGCUACUUUCCGUACACGUUUCUGGCGUUCAUCAUCCCGGCGAUGUUGCUCAUCGUCCUCUGUCUGAUGGUUCUCAGCUCGAUCAUGCUGUACCGGUGUAUCUCCGAGUACCGGCGCACGGCCCGCCGGCUGCUGCCCAAGCGGAUGCUGGCGCAGAUCCCCACCCGCCGGUUCUCGGCGGCGACGGCCUCUGGCGGCGGCCCGGGCGGCCAGGAGACGUGUGCCAUCUGCCUGGAGGACUACCUGGAGGGCGAUCAGCUCCGAGUGCUGCCCUGCAAACACGCGUUCCACUGUCACUGCGUGGACCCGUGGCUGCUCCGCUCGCGCCGUGUCUGUCCGGUCUGCAAGCGGCGCCUGGUCUCUGCCACGCUGGCCGUGCUGGUCUCAGAGUCGGAGGACGAUCAGCUGCUGCCCGUGUACCGGUCCCAGAGGCCGCCGCCCGCCCGGCGCUCGUACGGAGCAACACUGACGGCCCAGAACCUCCCGGCGGCGGCGGCCGGCGCCCGUCCCAGCCGCCGGGUGCCCCGCCGCCUCCGACGGACGCGGUGGCGCCGGGAGCCGGAGCGCGCUGCCUCGGCCGCCGGCACCUGCGGCACUCCCGCUCCUGACCCCGAGGCCCCCGGUGACGUCAUUCGCACGGCUGAUGACGUCAGACUCGUGGAUGAAGCGGCUCCGAUGGCGACCUCCGGAGAGGGAGGCACAGCUGGGGCGACGGUGGCGCCGCGUACCGGGGCCGUGCCGAAACACCGUCCCGGCCAGCCGGUCCGACCGCAGGCUGAGCCCAAUGAGGCUGGCGCGGCGGCGGCCGGUCCGGGGGCCUCAGCGGCCCGACCGGUCCCGGAGCCCGGACGCCGGGCGGAGUCCGAGCGGCCGGCGGCGUCGGGAUCCGACUCGGACCCGGUCUGAGGACUGGACACUGCCGACGGAGUAACUCGUGGGACCAACCGAGUGCCGCUGGAGGACGGGGUGUCCGGGGGCGGGGGGGGGUAUUAAAGGGGCUGGGUGGGGGCGGCAGGGGAGGGGUGCGGGGCUGGGACAGGCUCAGUAAGGACAGUGGGCACGGCGCCCCACUCCGGGAGAAAUGGGACUUGGUCGGUAAAAUUAGGGCAUUAGAGUUGUGCUUCUUGCUCCAACUGGUAAUAGUAGCAUUAAGAGGAAUUAGCAUGAGCGGGAACUGGUGAAAACAGCAUAAAUUCCGUUUGAUUGUGAUACAAGAGCCGAGUCUGGGAAGAAGGAAGGGGGAGGGGAAUGUCGGGACUCAGCCCUCCGGUACUGCAGUGGGCUUUACACAAGGAUUUACUAUAGCUAAACCUGGGUCUGAGUGAGAUCUGAUAGACUAGAACAUUGUGGGUAUACAACUAAUGUGAAGUUUAUCCUCUGCUCUUUCGACGGUCCGCCCGGGAUGAUAAUUUUGGCUUGUGCCGUUAACUCAGGUAGGACUUUCGGUGUGUGCUUUGCCUUGUGAGCUGGAUAUUUCGACUCGGCAGCGGCAGUGUGCGCUUUGGUAAGCUCGGAACGUGGCCCUUUUGGUGGUGAACUUUACCGAUCUGGGCUUCCACUUCACAUGAUAUAAGUACGGAUUGUAUCGUCACCUUGGUAAGGAUACAACCUUGGUACACAUUGGUAACGUUAUUUGUUAGUGUUGGGUGUAUUCCAUAAUAUUUUGUUAAGUUCGCAUAAUGAUUAUGGUACUAGCAUUUAAGGCAAAGCACUACUCUGUGUUUUGGCUCUUUUUUUUGUGCUGAAGUUAGAUCUAUGGCAUGGUACCGUUACGUAUCUGCCCAUGAUAUCUUUGCGAUAGCGUGUUUCGGAUGUGUAUUGUCGUGACGGUUAUACUCGUACCUGGCUAAGCUGUCAGUCUUCCAGUCGCGGUCCAGAUACGCUGAAAAUGGUGAGAUAUAUAUCCGCGUCGCUGUGACAUUGGUAUCGCUGCGGGGCGAGAAAUACAAGUAUAGCUACAUAA